GAUUUUCAUCUGGUUUAAAGCCAAAGAAAUCCCAACUUGGCAACUUUAUAUUUCUUUAGUGCUGUCAACGUUAAAGUGCCACCAUCACGACUAACGCGUUUAACAAUUAACCCAUCUGGAUCGCAGACUGAGUCAAAACCCCUUAAAUGUCUCUCUCAACGCAUUUCGAGCAGUUUGUCCAAAGUUUAUUCAUUCUGCACUCCAGAUGGGUUAAUCGUGAUGACCGCAUAAAUGUUGACAGCCCUAAUUUUUUGGGGAAAUUAGUUCGUCCAUGUUUGGACUUCAUCAUGUGCAAAUCACUCCAUGCUCUGCCAAUCAACAAGUCUGCGUAUGCGCGAAUAUAUCGCCCAUCGUCGAUUAUUGGACUGACAAUUGUCAGUUGGAAAAUUUUUACAUAUGGCCCAACCCUAGUAAGAUCCAUAAAUGUGAAACAAAAAAUUAAAACAUAGAUGUUUUAAGAAGAUCUUUAUUGUUGUCUUGGUGUCAUCAAAAACAAAAAAAGCUCUUUUUUUCUGUUUUUGUGAAGGAAAAACUGACAUCCAUGAAAACUUGGGUCAACAAAUGGAUAUCGGCACAAUCUACAAUCAAACAUACUUUUUCAGUGAACGCAUCCAAACUUCAAGAAUCACAGUAUGAAAUAGACACAGACUCCCUCGAGGAUCAAACAUCAGCAAUUCCAAAGGACAAAAGGGGGACAGAAAGUAUAACAGAUACAACAUCAUUACAAAAUUCUGUAACAUUAGAUGAUCAGCAUCAAAAUAAAAAAAUAAAAGAACAACAGAAGGAGCAUUUUGAAUCCAAAUAUUGUUUUGCAGAAGGCAAAAAUGGGGAGCAGGACUUUUGCUUACAGAUGCGAACUGAAAUUCAUGAAGAAGUAGUGCAUGAUAAAACUGAAUUACUGAUAAUUGUAAGAGAAAGGGAAGAAGUGGAAAAACUGAUACGUAACCUAAAGCAGCAAGAGGGGGAAAUAAAGGAACAAAUAAAGUACACUAUUGAUAACAUGAAAGAAAAAACUCAAGAUAUAAAAAGGCUCAUUUUGGAAAUAAAUGACCUGCAGAGGGCAGACACUGUAAUUACAGUCGGGGAAACUGAAAAUGCCCAGGAAGUAUUAACUAAGCUGUUGGAAGAAACUGAACAGAGAAAGAUUUUGAUGGUGAACACCAAAGUUUUCAAAAAUGAAAUAAUGAAAUAUGAAGUACAAGAGGGGGAUGAUGCCAAAAAAAUAAAACAAGAGUCUAGCUUGAUAAGGCUUAAUGUUAACAAGCAAAAACUAAUUCAGAAAUCAGGAGAAGAGAUGAAAAAACAUGUUGAACACACCGAUGAAGAUAAAAAGGACAGAGGAGCCGAUAUACAAAGACUGAGGGCAGAGAUUUACAAAACACAAGAGAUUAUAAGAACGCUAAGAGGAGGACUUGAGAACCUAGCGGAAAAAAAUAACAUGGACAAAUAUCAACAGAAUGAAGGCAGUGAAAUUGAAGGAUUGCUAAAAGACAUCAAACAGUUUCAAGAGUUUUUGGAAAUUGUAAAAACCAAAAUAAAGCAAAGUGAAGUACAUAUGACAGAAGAAAUGAGCAAUAUAAAAUCAAUGAAAACUGCAGUGAAAAAGAAGAGAAGAGAAGUAGAUCAAAGGUUAGAAAAUACUUUGAAAGAGAGAGAUGGAUUAGACAUCUUUAAAAUAAAAAUGCAGAGGCAAACUGAACUGAUUCGGCAGAAUUUAGAAAAAAUGGCAAAAGUUAAGAGCACAGUGGAGAAAAUAGCUGCUAAGACCAGAAGGAAAAUUGAAGAGAUAGAAAUUAGUAUGAAGGAGACUGAAAUAAAACUAAGACAGUUUAAAGACCUUGACUGCAUUAACCUUAACUUGACAAAAGGCGCAAAACCAGACAUGGAACAUGGUAUUACACCUAAGCAAAGAACUGCUCUUGAAAUUUUCAAGACUGAAAUUAAGAAGACAAUGGACAAUAAAAGAGAUAAACUGACAAAAAACAAAAUGGACAAAGAAACUGAGGGAACAGAAAGCCUCAAACAAGUUAAUGAGAAACUGGAGGAGGUAAAACUUUCAUUAGAAAGUCUGGGUCAAAAAAAUAAAAAAUCAGUUAGUGAGAAUGUAAAACAAAUAAUCAAGAGAGAAGAGACUGAGAUGACAGAACAGAUCCAAACAGCGAUAAAGAAUGAGAAAAUGGUUAAACAGCUAACUGAAACAGAAAUACAGGAGGAACAGGUGAACCAUUUGAGGGAGAAAACUGAAAGACACAAACAGGAGCUUGAUGACGGAGUACACAUGACCAAAAGGCAAAUAAGAGAAAUGGAGCUGCUGCAAUCAGAAUUGAAAAUAAAGGUAAAAGAAUUUGAGCGUUUUUUUAGAAAAAGUAUGAGAAAAAAGGAGGAAAUUGAAAUAAUGUGGUAUGAAAUACAACAAGAAAAGGAAGCAUUGAGGACCGAGAUCAAAAAGAAAAGAAGAGAAUUAGACCAAAGACUGGAGAUGACUAUGAGAAAAAGGGAUGAACUAGAAGUGUUAAGGGUAAAAUUGAAACGACAGAUGGAAGAGCUGGCUGAGGAGAAGCAGAGAGACCAUAAUCUGUUCAUCCAUCUACCCAAUGAACAUGAAAAACAUUUUGGAAGGAAAGAUGUGAAAAUGUUAAUGGAGAAAAUAAAAAAACACAGCUUAAAAGUUUCUCAGUAUACUAUUUACAUCCAAGACAUAAGAGACAAGUUUAAUUUACACAUGGGAACAAUUAGGACAGAGAUGAAAAUUCUAGAAAAUGUGAAUGCUCAUUUAGAAAAGGACAGAAAAGGAUUCAGAGAAGUUGAGGCUGAAAAUAAGAAUAUAACAAACAAAAUGAAGAGGUUAAAAUAUCAGCUUAAUAUACUCUUUGGAAGAGUUACCAUACAAGACACUGCAGAGAUGGAUGAAACAAUCAACAUCUGGGAAAAAAUCCAAAGAGAAAAACAGAAGCUUGAUAUGAGACUAGAAAAUAUUAAAAGGGAAAGACAAGAGAUAGAAGCUCUGGUGGUGGAGCUGGAGAUGAAGAAAAGAGAAAACCAACGUGUAAUCAAAAGAAGCAUUCAAAAAGAACAGAAGAUAAAAAGAAUAUGGGCUACUUUCAAAGAAGAAAGAACUGCCCUCGUGAGAGAAACAAAGCAGAAAAAGGAGGUUGAACAACAACGAGAGGAGAUCAUCAAACAUCAAGGUGAACAAGAAAUAAAGCAGAAGUUGCAAAAAGAAAAGAAAAGGAUGCAAAGUGAAAUUGAAGACAUGAGGAUGAAAGAAAAAAGGAAGCAAAUUCAAAAACAAUGGGAACUAAUCAAGAAAUACUUAGGGGAAUAUAAAAAGGUAAUUAAAAACACUCAAUUUAUCAUUGGAAUAAUUCAGAAUGAAAAUAAACACAUGCAAGACCAAAAAAAUUUCUACAUGACCACAAGGAAAGAAACACUGAAUAUUAAAAGUGAAUUAAAUAGGCAAAAGGAAAUUAUACGGUGCACAUUAAAAAACAUACAACAAGAGCCAAAACAUGGGGAACAAGUGGAGACAAAAAUCAAGACGGAGCAAGGAAAACAUGAAAAUGGAAGGAAAAAAAUAUAUGAGAAAGAAAAAGAUGCCUUGGAUGACUUGAGUGCAGACGAGAGUCAAGACAAAGAAGAUCUUGAAAGAGUGAAAGAGUUGUUGAAAAAGAACCAGAAACUUGACAUGAGAGGCUGUCAAAUCAAAAAAGAAAUAGACAUAUUAAAACAAAAAAAUGAAAACAUAAAAGAGGAAAGGAAAACAACUGAAAUAAAAGAAACUGAAAAAAAAAUGAAACUGAAAGAUUUCAAUAAAAUGUUUUGGGGCAAACAAAAAGAAAAACACAGUACUGAGUAUCUGACUGUAAAGAAAGAAUAUGAAAGAGAAACGAUUAAGGAUGGUAUAAAAAGGGUGAUCUUACAAGACACAAAAAAAGACUUGAUAAAAAAAGAGAUCAAAAAAUGUAACCAGGAAAAAGAAAAAGUCAUCCAGAUGAAAACUAGACGUGAGAAUAGAAAAGAACUGUUGUUGAAGGUAAGGAGAAACAUCAAAGAUGAAGAGAAAGAGAUGGAAAUGAGAGGAGACCAAGUCAUGGAUGAAAUGAAAUCGCUAGAGAUUCUGAAAGUGAAACUUCAACAACUGAAGGAGGAUAUAAAAGCCAAAAUGGACAGAUUACUACAAAAUGUUGACAACAGGUCAAGGCUGCAAACAGUGUUGGAAGAAAAACUUGCAACCCAAGACGAACUGAAAGAAAGCAUUCGCUGUUUCACUGAAAUGUUAGAGAGAGAAAAGGAAGGUGUGAGAAAUAUCCUUUCAGACAUGGUCACCAAGAGAGAAUGCACAGAAAAUGAAUGGAAGCAGCAGUUUGAACUGGACAAACGAGAGCUUGAUAAACUGAAAGAAGAUCUGAGACACGACAGAGAAGAUCUGGAGAGAGAAAGCACAGAAAAUGAAUGGAAGAAGCAGUUUGAACUGGACAAACGAGAGCUUGAUAAAGUGAAAGAAGAUCUGAGACACGACAGAGAAGAUCUGGAGAGAGAAAGUGAGGUGCUGAAUAAAGAGAAAAUGGAUUUGAAGGUGUUGAUGUCUGACAUCAAGAAACAAUUUGAAAUAUUGGAAGAAAAGAAACAAAAUAUAAAAGAAGAACGAGACUCAAUGGAAAUCAUAAAGCUUGAACUGCUCAAUAAGAUGGAACAUGUAAACAAGCUGUUACAUGAGACAAAUGACGAAAAAGCCAAGAUUAAAAAUUGUAUCCUUCAGGUUCAAAUGGAAAAAGAAAGACUUGAAGACAUUUUAAGCAAGAUUUUCUUAACACAUAAUGAAGAAAAAGUCAAGGAAGAUGACCUCAGAAGACAAACAAAAGAAGUGGAAAUCAUGAAAAAGGAAUUACAGAGUGAAAGAGCAAAAGUGGAGAGUCUGAUGAGGAAUCUGAAGAAGAAGCAAGAAGAGCUUGAACGUGCAAAGGAAAUCAUGAGUGAAGAAAAAGAAGAGAUGAAAGAGAUGAAGACUGACAUUGCCAAAGAACGAGAACUGUUGUUGAAGGAAAGGAGAAAUAUGGAAGAAGAGUGGUCUGAGAUGGAAAUGAGAGGAGACCAAGUCAUGGAUGAAAUGAAAUCACUAGAGAUUCUGAAAGUGAAACUUCAACAACUGAAGGAGGAUAUAAAAGCCAAAAUGGAGAGAUUACUACAAAAUGUUGACAACAGGUCAAGGCUGCAAACAGUGUUGGAAGAAAAACUUGCAACCCAAGACGAACUGAAAGAAAGCAUUCGCUGUUUCACUGAAAUGUUGGAGAGAGAAAAGGAAGGUGUGAGAAGUAUCCUUUCAGACAUGGUCACCAAGAGAGAAUGCACAGAAAAUGAAUGGAAGCAGCAGUUUGAACUGGACAAACGAGAGCUUGAUAAACUGAAAGAAGAUCUGAGACACGACAGAGAAGAUCUGGAGAGAGAAAGCACAGAAAAUGAAUGGAAGAAGCAGUUUGAACUGGACAAACGAGAGCUUGAUAAACUGAAAGAAGAUCUGAGACACGACAGAGAAGAUCUGGAGAGAGAAAGUGAGGUGCUGAAUAAAGAGAAAAUGGAUUUGAAGGUGUUGAUGUCUGACAUCAAGAAACAAUUUGAAAUAUUGGAAGAAAAGAAACAAAAUAUAAAAGAAGAAAGAGACUCAAUGGAAAUCAUAAAGCUUGAACUGCUCAAUAAGAUGGAACAUGUAAACAAGCUGUUACAUGAGACAAAUGACGAAAAAGCCAAGAUUAAAAAUUGUAUCCUUCAGGUUCAAAUGGAAAAAGAAAGACUUGAAGACAUUUUAAGCAAGAUUUUCUUAACACAUAAUGAAGAAAAAGUCAAGGAAGAUGACCUCAGAAGACAAACAAAAGAAGUGGAAAUCAUGAAAAAGGAAUUACAGAGUGAAAGAGCAAAAGUGGAGAGUCUGAUGAGGAAUCUGAAGAAGAAGCAAGAAGAGCUUGAACGUGCAAAGGAAAUCAUGAGUGAAGAAAAAGAAGAGAUGAAAGAGAUGAAGACUGACAUUGCCAAAGAACGAGAACUGUUGUUGAAGGAAAGGAGAAAUAUGGAAGAAGAGUGGUCUGAGAUGGAAAUGAGAGGAGACCAAGUCAUGGAUGAAAUGAAAUCACUAGAGAUUCUGAAAGUGAAACUUCAACAACUGAAGGAGGAUAUAAAAGCCAAAAUGGAGAGAUUACUACAAAAUGUUGACAACAGGUCAAGGCUGCAAACAGUGUUGGAAGAAAAACUUGCAACCCAAGACGAACUGAAAGAAAGCAUUCGCUGUUUCACUGAAAUGUUGGAGAGAGAAAAGGAAGGUGUGAGAAGUAUCCUUUCAGACAUGGUCACCAAGAGAGAAUGCACAGAAAAUGAAUGGAAGCAGCAGUUUGAACUGGACAAACGAGAGCUUGAUAAACUGAAAGAAGAUCUGAGACACGACAGAGAAGAUCUGGAGAGAGAAAGUGAGGUGCUGAAUAAAGAGAAAAUGGAUCUGAAGGUGUUGAUGUCUGACAUCAAGAAACAAUUUGAAAUAUUGGAAGAAAAGAAACGAAAUAUUAAGGAGGAACGAGACUCAAUGGAAAUCAUAAAGCUUGAACUGCUCAAUAAGAUGGAACAUGUAAACAAGCUGUUACAUGAGACAAAUGACGAAAAAGCCAAGAUUAAAAAUUGUAUCCUUCAGGUUCAAAUGGAAAAAGAAAGACUUGAAGACAUUUUAAGCAAGAUUUUCUUAACACAUAAUGAAGAAAAAGUCAAGGAAGAUGACCUUAGAAGACAAACAAAAGAAGUGGAAAUCAUGAAAAAGGAAUUACAGAGUGAAAGAGCAAAAGUGGAGAGUCUGAUGAGGAAUCUGAAGAAGAAGCAAGAAGAGCUUGAACGUGCAAAGGAAAUCAUGAGUGAAGAAAAAGAAGAGAUGAAAGAGAUGAAGACUGACAUUGCCAAAGAACAAGAACUGUUGUUGAAGGAAAGGAGAAAUGUGGAAGAAGAGCAGUCUGGGAUGGAAAUGAGAGGAGACCAAGUCAUGGAUGAAAUGAAAUCACUAGAGAUUCUGAAAGUGAAACUAAUUGCGAGGAAAUCCCUGAAAGGUGAACUGUCUGAUGUACAACCCAGAGAGGACAUCCUCAGUAGUGUUACAAUCUCUACAAGAAACCUUAUAGGAAAACUAAAUAGACUGAUUCAUCAAGAGUUGUCGACAUAUAUUAAGAGAGUAGAGGGGGAAAAUGAAAAAAUAUUACAAGUGAUAUCUAUAUAUGAACAAAAUUGUGUCAGAAUUCAUAAGCAGAAAAUUAAAAUUACUGCAGAUUAUGACAAGAUACAACAACAAAAGAAGCAUGUGUUUAAGACAACGUUUGACAAAGCAAUCCAAACUGAGGAAGUUGUAAAACAAUGCUUACAUGAACAUCAGGAUGAAGAGACCAAUGAACAUGAAUUUAAGCAGAGGAUGAAGGAUGUUGCAGGUAAUCUUGAAGGAAGCAAAAGAUACUUGACACCUGACAAGGAAGGUCUGCUGUUAGUAGGAGAAGGUGAAGAAUUUGAAACUGUCAAGAAAACAAAUCUUGCAACGUUGUCCAUCUUGUCAGCAGAGGAAGAUGACUUCACACAGAAGGGAACUUUAAAAACUGAGUUUUUGAAACAAAUCUGGAAGGACACUAGAAUAGAACGAAAUGAAAUAAAUCAGAUGAAGCUCAGAGGUCAAAAAAUGAGAAACAACAUGGAUAAAAGAGUAAAGGUGAUCAAUCAUUUUGUUAGGAGAUCAAUAUUUCAGAAAGAAAAGACAUCUGUUGAGAAAACAAGAAAAAUGUUGGAACAUGGGCAAAGUAAUACGUUUUUAUCUGUAAGUGGCAGGGAUGGAGAACACAAAUCACUUGAUGAAAAAUAUACCGAGCUCCAACAACUUAAGGUCCGCAUGCUUAGUGAGAUUGAGAAAUUCUACAUACAAAACAAAGCGUCUAAGACACUGACAACUAGCAACAAAGCUAAUCAAACAGUUCAACUAGAUUCUCCAAAUAUCUAUCAAGAGCAAAUAAAGGUAGAAGAAUCUGAAGCAGCACCAGAGAGAUCUCCUGGACUCCUCAGUCAGCUCAGACUUUCCUGUUAUCGCUGUUGCUCCCGUUAUUGUGCCUACUGCAAGCAAGGAUGUCCAAAGAAAAAAUGAGAGGCAAGAAAAGUGCUACAUAAAAAUCAGUCCAUUUACCUUUUGUUUUACUUUUUAGUUAUAUUAAUAUGUGUGUAUUUGGAAAAUGUGUUUUUCCCGUUAAUCAUAUUAACCUAACAACGUAAGAGUACCAGUCUGAUGUCAAUCAUCUAAUUUUUAAACAACUAGUUAUGUAAUGUAAAAGUAUUCCUUUAACAUGUUAUUUUUUUCACAAAUGCAAAAUAUUAAAGUUUAACACAUAAUCUUAACAUUUCUAAUUACAUUUUUAUGCUGUUUUCUAAUUAAUCUUCUUUCAACAUAUUUAUUCUGUUGUCUUGUGUUAGAAUACAGAAGCACAAAGAAUACAGUAAUAUCAAAGCUAACAAGAAUAUUUGAAAACUGUGACUCCAUAUAUAUUCAUAUCUAAAUGAAAGAAAAAUGCAUGUUUAACAUAAAUUUGAUCCCUAAAUAAAUCUUUUUCCAAAACCA